AGCAAGCAACGCUUCAUACCUUGGUCAUCUAAGACGCCCCAGGACCUCCCCAAGGCGGAGCCUAAUGGAAUCAGACCAGGUCUCCCUAGCUCAGAAAUGCCCAACUCCCCAGUAUUUUGUGGAUAAAUCAAGUAGCCUGUGCUGUAGGAGCUGCCCAGCAGGGCAUUUCCUGAAAGCCCCCUGCACAGAAUCCCAGGGCUCUUCCUUCUGUCAACCCUGUCAUGAGGACACCUUCCUGUCUAGGGAGGAUCAUAAUGAGAAACGGUGCUCCCGAUGUCAAGCCUGUGAUGAGAAUGGUCCUGCCAAUCAGGUUGUUGUCCGGAACUGCUCUACUGUAGCUAACACCCAGUGUGGCUGUGCACCUGGCUGGUUCCGAGAAUGCUCUGUGAGCCUAUGCCGGGCUGAUUCACCUUUUGUCUGCAUUCGAUGCCUGGAUUGUGAAGCCCUGCAUCGACAAACGAAGUCCCCUUGUUCACGAAAAGACACUGAUUGCGGAAGGUGUUUGCCAGGCUUCUGUCAGGACCAGAACAGUUGUGCACCCUGCGCCACUCCUGAGAACAUAAAGACGAGACUCCCCACCUCGAUCAGCCCAACUUCUGCUGGUGGGUCUUGGCUUCAGUACUUCUUGUUGGCAUCAAUGGUGUUAAUGAUUCUGCUCCUGCUGGGAUGGGGCCUGUUCUACAGUUACCAGAAAUGCUUUGUACCAAUGCCCCGGGCUCAUUAUCAAACUGAGAUGGAGGCCUUGAAACGCCAGUGGGUAAUCAGCCCCUCGCCUGUAGGCAGAGCAUCCUUGCCCCUGAAUAGCUACAGUGAAAAGAUAUGUGCCCUGCAGCUCGUGGGCAACUGUAGUCCUAGCAGCCCUACCCUGGUUCGGGAGGUCCAGAGCCCAGAAGAUGCCUGGCCGAUGCUAUGGAGCCAACCGCCCAGCAGAGGGAGUGGUGAGCAAGACGGCUUAAACGCCCGGGCCCCUUCCUCUCUUAGACGCCGGGAUGGGGAACAGGGCAGCGAUGGUCUUCGAGCCUCUCCACUUUGAUCCUCGGGCAUUUCCGCCGCGCCCCCUCGCCCCUCGGGCCCACCACUUUCGAAUCCUCCCCCGUGGCCCCACUGCCGACCGUUGCUUCUAGGCCCUGGGGCGGGCACUCUCCAGCCGGGCCCACAGCUGUACGAAGUGAUGGACGCAGUGCCGGCGCGGCGCUGGAAGGAGUUCGUGCGAACGCUGGGCCUUCGGGAGGCGGAGAUCGAGGCAGUGGAGGCGGAGAUUGGCCGCUUUCGCGACCAGCAAUAUGAGAUGCUCAAACGCUGGCGCCAGCAGCAGCCCGCUGGGCUGGACGCGGUCUACGCGGCCCUGGAGCGCAUGGGGCUGGAAGGCUGCGCCGAGGACCUGCGCAGCCGGCUGCAGCGGGGCCCGUGACAGUGCCCGAGAUGGAGGGGAGACUGACGCCAGCUUGGCGUCGUAACUUUCUCCGUCCUUCCCUCCCUCCCUCCAGUUGGUCUGGGGCUGGGGAAGGAAGAGAGGGUGGCCCAGACCCCCCAGGUGGCGGCCACCCGAAAACGAAGCCCUAAGUAUGGUUACUUAAGUUUGUAGACAUGUUAUGUCAGUUACAGCGUCCCUCCCAGAGCCCGAGUGCUGGCUGGCACGCGUAGCUGUGCUGGGGCCGAGGGCGCCAACCUCUCAUCGCUUGGAGGCUGGCCUCGUUCUUCUAGUUCAAUAUUAAAACUCCUGUAGCAAAC